GAAACCUUUACUUUCAUUGGUUCCUCCUAGGCGAUUUGAAGAGACGCGCUCUUUUUGAAGUCUUUGAUACCGUACGAGAAUUUUACUAUUCCGCUUUUAUGAUCAUAAUUUUUACAAAGAAAAGCUGAGACGCUUUCAUCAUGAACUUUGAGUUCAUCAUCCCAGUGUCUCGAGAUGAUCUGCUGCGGAAGACAUCUGUCAAUCAGUAUUGUGUAGCAGAAGUCCUAAGUCGCAGCACAAUACCUAGUGCUGUGCAAGAAUUCAAAAAUGCAUCCAGAAACAAUGCAUUUGCUGCUGUGGAGAGUUUUGAUGCAGUCUUCAGUGUUCUUAUAGUUCAAAGAGAUUUGGACAGUGAACUUGUUGAAGAUGUGUGGCACAGUCUUGUCAGAGUUGUCAAGGUAUUUCACUCAAGCCUCUGUGGUGUUCUUGAAGAUGUGGAUGUACCUGCAGAUAUGCGUGUUCGCUAUGUUACUGGCCUCAAGAUGACAAUGUAUCUCUUUUGCCAGUUUAUUGAGAUGUAUGAAACUGAAACCAGUCAACCCAAUGCAGUUGCCGUGAAAAAGAUUCGAGGGAAAAGUACUAAACAACAGACAAAAAGUGGGAUAGACUGGGAUGGAGAACGUGAGGCAGCACUCUCAAUUCUGGUGCAAAUUCUACAGCUGAAUCUGAACAAACUAUGGGUUCCUCCUAUUGCUGAAGAAGAUUUUGUCAGCUUGGUUUCCUCAUGCUUGUAUAAGCUGCUUGAGAAUCCAGCAUCGGCAACUGCAAAAGGGAAGGAGAUGCGUGAUGCCAUUUGCCACGGAAUAGGCACUCUGGUCAAGCGCUGUAACCACAGUUUAAGUGCCAGUCUCAAAAUUGUUCAAAUGCUUAAGCACUUCGAACAUCUGGUUUCACCCCUGGCACAAAUGGCAGAAGUAAUUGUCAAUCAUUAUGGCAACAAAACUGUUAUUAGAGACAUAAUGAGAGAGAUUGGACAAGUAGAUCCCCAGGAUGUUGCCAGAGACUCUUCAGGAGCACGGGCAUUCUCACAGUUUCUAGUGGAGAUUGCUGAAAAGGUACCAGCUGCAGUGCUGCCAAAUGUCAGUGUUGUCUUGGCACUCUUGGAUGGGGAGUCCUACAGUCUCCGGAAUGGUGUUCUUGGCAUGAUGGGAGAAAUCCUCACCAGAGUACUUAACAAAGAUGACUUGGACCAACACCAACGGCUUACAAGAGAUGGAUUUUUUGACAGAUUACAGGACCACAUUCACGACUGCAAUGCCUUUGUACGCAGCAAGGUUCUACAGAUAUGGCUCACAAUUGUAAAUGAAAAGAGCCUGCCGCUGCCUCGCCAGGAGGUAUUGGUGAGUUUAGUGUUAGGCCGAUUGCAGGACAAAUCUAGCCAAGUGCGUCGCUAUGCCAUUCAACUUUUGACUGCCAUCUUGAGGUGUAAUCCCUUCGCAGCAAAGCUGUCAGUGGAAGAGCUAGCUGUGAAUUAUGAGAAAGAGAAAGCCAAGCUGGAAGAGAUGAUUACAUCUAAUGAGAUGUCACCACCUGCGGUAAGGUCUGCUGAAGAUCUAGAGGAGGAAUGGAACAAGAUUUUGCCAGCAAUCAAGCAAGCUUUGACAGCCAGAGAUGAAAUGGAUAUAAGUUCUGAUACAGAUGUAGACAGCAUUACAGAAGACGGUUUCUAUGGCAUAAUGGACAAGAUCUACAGUCUCCUAAUUGAGGAGCAUUACCAUUCAGCUCUUAUUUUGCUGCAAGCAGCAAAACUUGCAUUUUCUGAAGAGGACAUUUUUCAAGAUAUAAAUCAAACACCAGAUGCAGAUGGCUCAGAAGUCAACUGUGACUACAUAUCUAUGUUGAAGAAGAUUUUUUAUGAGCACCAUAAGCUAGACUUAGCCAAGGUCACAGAGGCAGCUUCCUGUGCAAGUCUGUCUCAGCUAGCAGAAGGGGCAGAGGUCAAUGAACUGACCAAACAGCAAGUGCUAGUGCAAUACCUCAAAAACUCCCUUGCAUUUGCGGGGCAGAUACAGGAAGCUGUCCCAAUCAUAUGCCAGUUACUGGGAUCCAAGAACACCUCAGAUGUCUUCGAAGCCAUUGAGUUCUUUGUGACCAGCUACGAGUUUGGUGUCUCAGCUGCGAUUGUUGGCAUCCGCCGCAUGUUGGUGUUGAUCUGGUCUAAGGAACAGGCAGUGAAGGACACUGUGGUGAGCGCUUACAAGCGCCUGUACCUAGAACCAACAGGAAGUCAAAGAGCUAAAGCCAUAGCAGCUGUUAAAAACCUAAUCAAGCUAAUUCUGGGAGCCAGUUGUGGGGAUAUCACUUCCCUAGAAGCUCUGAUGACAGAGCUCAUGCAUAGAGGUGAGAUAACUCCACAUGUUAUUCAAGUACUGUGGGAACGUUUUACAUUAAAGAUAUCUGACACUUCCCUUCAAGAAAGCCGAGCAGCGCUCCUGCUCAUAUCCAUGGUGGCAGAGGCUGAAAGAGAUAUUGUCAGGAGCAACCUGGAGGUCUUGGUGGAAGAAGGUCUUGGGCCUCGAGCAGAAGGUGACUGGCUUUUAGCCCAGGCUGCAUGUCAAGCAGUUCUGAAACUGGCCAGCAAAAAGACCAAGGGUCAGACUGCCACAGAGCCUUUCUGCCUUCCUCCAGACCACCUCUUGUUUUCUCGCCUGAGAACUAUUCUUGUCACAGGACUGAGGAGAACAGACAGUUCAUUCUGGGUGCCUCUGUCUGAAAAAGCUGUGACGGUGAUAUAUCGACUUGCAGACCAACCAGACAUGGUUUGUGGAGAAAUGAUACGCCAGAUGGCAUCAUUAACUUUAAAGGAAUGUCAAGCAUUUAAUGAGUGCCAGAGUGGAGAAGGGGAGGUCAACAUCGUCAUCAGCACCAUGCUGACGAGAUUGUUGUCCUUUGCUGGGCAAGUGGCUAUACAGCAGCUUGUUCACUUGGAGGUAAAUGUGCUAGGUGAACUGAAACGACGAAACAUUCUGCAAGAAGAUAAAAACUGCAAGAAGAAAAAGAAUGCCAAUGCCCAGGGGGAAAACAUUGAAGAAGAGAUGGGACUGGCUGGAAUGUCUGCAGAUGAUGCAGAAGCAGAGUACAUUCGCAGAAUCUGUGAAAAGGAUAUUGUUGUGGGACCAAACCUGCUGGCAGCCUUUCAGCCACUGCUGUUCAGUGUGUGCACUAACCAAGGCCGUUAUCCCCAGCCUGAACUUCGCACUGCAGCCACUCUUGCCUUGGCCAAGUUCAUGUCUGUCAGUUCUGAUUUCUGUGAGCAACACCUGCAGCUGAUGUUCACUAUUCUAGAAAAAUCUCCAAGUGAGGUGAUCCGUGCCAACAGCAUGAUCGCUGUUGGUGACCUAGCAUUCCGGUUUCCAAAUCUAAUUGAACCUUGGACUCCUCACUUAUAUAACAGGCUCCGAGAUGAGUCUCGACUGGUGCGCAGGUAUGCACUUCAAGUCUUGACACACCUUAUUCUUAAUGACAUGGUGAAAGUUAAAGGUCAGAUCAGUGAGCUUGCUAUCUGUGUUGUGGACAAUGACGAACAAAUCUCUGGGCUGGCAAAACUGUUCUUCCAUGAGCUUGCCAAGAAGGGCAAUGCAUUGUACAACAUCCUUCCUGAUGCUAUCAGUCGACUGUCAGAUCCUGACCUCAAAGUUGAAGAAGACCACUUCCAUACCAUCAUGAAGUACCUCUUCUCAUUCAUCCAGAAAGAUAAACUGUGUGAAAGUUUGAUAGAGAAACUGUGCCAUAGAUAUCGGGCCACUAGAAAUGAGCGCCAGUGGAGAGACCUGUCAUUCUGCUUGUCCAUGCUGUCUUAUAGUGACAAGGGUCUCCGCAAGCUGCAGGAAAAUUUUUCCUGCUUUUCUGAUAAGUUGGUUGAUGAUGCUGUGUAUGGUUACUUCGUUACAAUUAUCUCGAAAUCUCGAACUGGAUUCACCAAACCUGAAGCAAAGGUUUUGCUUGAUGAGCUAGAGGAGCGGAUAGAACAGGGUCACAGGAAGGGCUUAGAUGAGGAAGAAACAACUCAUCGUGCCAGUAAGGCUUCCUCUUCAGCUGCUCACCAAAGAAAACAGUUCAAAACAUCAGGAAAGACCAAGAUGUCUGGGCGACGGAAAGCUAAACAAAAGGAGAAUGUGGAAAAUUAUGAAAAUGCUGAGAGCCCACCAAUCAGAAAAUCUACACUUAGAAGACCUAAUCAACGACCAAAAUUUGUUUUAGACUCAGAUGAAGAUGAGGAAGAAUUGUUUGAUAUAGAAGAAAAUGAUGAGAGUGGAUGUUUUGAUGCAGCAAGCCCAGUUCCUGCAAGAACAAAGGGAGGUAAAGUGCCUCUUGGCCGGCGAGCACAACCCCUGACGGAAUCUUUUUCCCCUUAAAGCACUGGUUCCCCCUUCCCCCAAGAAAGAACAUGAAAGAAAAUGAUGUGUGUGUGUGUGAGAGAGAGAGAGAUACAAGAAUUUAAGAACGGAUAAAUCACUAUAGUGCACGCUGUCUAUUCAUCCACAAACAUUACAGUUAAAGUUUAUGAUAGUGCAUGGAGUUUGGGUCACAAUUUAUUUCCUGUCCGAAUAUAACUGUCACAGUGAUGAAUUAUGUAUUUUCUACUUCUCAGACCAUUGUAUAUCACUUUAUUAAUAACAAUAUCUUUUAUAGAUUUACAUUCUUGUUUUUUAUGCUUUUGAUCAAAUUAUUUCUAAACAGUUUAUUUGUUGGCAUACAGUAAACUAUAUUCAACUGGUUUUUAUAUACACAAUCUAUGAACUACAAACUGCAUGAAACUUGUGCCUAGCCUAGCCCACGGCUGACCCUUAAAAAAACUGUUACAACUUUUGUGUGACUGCUUGCUUAACUAACAGAUGCUUGACUGUCAUAAAAAUAUCUCAGGAAGAAAUUUCAGAACUACCGUUUUAAUAAUAUCCAAAGGUGAUUUUGUUUCGUGCUUUUGUGAAAAGGAUUUUUAAACGCUGUCACUUAUCAUGGUAAGCUGUGUUUCUUUUUCCUUCUCAAUGAAGCUAUGGACUAAGCCAAGGCAAACUGUCAACCAGAAGUUGUGCGUCGACUCAAGCUAACAAGGCUAGAGAGAGUGAUGUCCCUUCCCCUAACCGGUAGCUCUGUCGUUUUCUCAUCCACGCAUCUCCGUCGACUUUAGUGGCUCUUACUGAUCUGUGAUGUUUGUUGCGCCAUUUGCCUCUGUUAUGGAUUGUUCUUCAAUGACAAUGCAACGUCGUUUCUUCUUAUAGUCAUCUUCAUCCUCUAACGGUCUCUGCUUCCAGUUCUUUGUUUUGUUGUGUUGCUUAAGUUUUACAAGAUUCUUUGUGUCCCCUUCACUGAAGCUGUAACUUUUACGGCAUUCUUGGCAAUACUUUUUUUUUUUUCAUUUCCUGAUAUACAAACCAUACACUUUGCUGCAUGUUCUGAAGCUUUGCACUUGGAUCUGUGCGCUUCAGCGAUGUCGUCUGGGGAAAGAUCGUUUGGUGUCAUCAUGCAUUUUCUCCGUUUCUGCACCGCUGUCGCGUUCGCUUACUCACUUCCAGUGAAGUAUUCAGAUGAAUCUUUCGUUUGACUGUAAGAGUCUCAAAAUGUAGCUUUUUGUUAUGUGUGUUUUACUUGUUUAAUUUUUUUUUUUGUAACAGGGAAACUAUGCUAUAAAAUCUGCUGAGCCACAUGAACAUUGCUAUCCUAUUAUUUAUGUCAAAGCGCAUUGAGCUUGCUCCCAGCAGGGAUAUGUGCUAGAGAAAUGCUAUUUUAUUAUUAUGAAAGCAGAUAACCUAAUGGUUGUUUUCUUUGCAUUCAGUCUGUUGUUAUAAAUAGGCUUUUCGAGUCUUGAAUUUUGUUUUCUUUCUACCCCCACCUCUCACUAUUUUUUUUUUUUUUUUCAUAAAUGAUCAAAAACGUAAAUUUUUAAAGAAACGUUUUUUUGGUAUUGAAAUUGAUAUUGGUGUUUUUUUUUUUGUAUGUUGUGUUUUAAAUUAGUGUCCAUGGCAGUGUGAUCUAAGACAUUCACAUUAUGAGAAAGCCCUGUGUGGAUUCCUCAUCUCGUACAGCUUGCUGCGUGUGCAUGAUCCUGAACCAUCGCCUUUGGAAUCUUUCAAGAAAUGAAAGUCUUAAAAUCUGUCCGCUGGAACAAAUACCUCUGUAUCACGUCACUAGAAGACAAAAUAAAAAGAGGAAAAUCUUUCUCCGCUGAUGGGAUCGGUAAGGGAUGAAGUGAAGCAAGAAGCUGAUCCCAGCCGCAGCCUGCUGAGCAAUACCAUUGAAAAGGUGACAAUUCUGAAUUAAGAGCAAGACGGCUUUGCAUAAAUGCAACCGCAUUGCGGAAAUGACUAGAAAGGAGGGAGGUGGGAAGGUCAUUCACGAAGUUUGGAAACACGGGGAGUGGGAGUGAACGCUGUUCCGAGAUGAGAUCACAAACACACGAGCACAUUAAUAUGCAGCAAAAUUUGGAUACAAUAAAAUAUUUCUUUAUUAAUCCACAAGGACAAUUACAAAUAAGACUAUCGAUUUUUUUUCGUUGUUUCAUGCGAUUAACUUUUAUUGAUUUUAAAAAAAGCCUUUCGCAUUAAGGGAAAUAGUUUUAUCACAUGCGAAAAGGCUUUGAUCUAGUUCGUCUUAUCCUGUGUCCAAAGGGCCUAUGAUUCUGCUCAAAAAAAGGUUCCAACGGGAUGCGUGUAAAAGAUAAAAUAGUAAAACAACAUGCAAAUUCGUCUUAGCCAGGCCCAAUUUACAUGAUUAGCUGCUCUCUUCCCCAGUGGCCCUCGGGGAGUAUUGUCAGCGACCUGAUCAGCAUGCAAACUAUAGUCUGGGGAAAAUCCUCUUUCACCUGGAAGCGAAGGAGGCCCCGCGGACACCAGAGAGUUGCGAGAUAGGGUUUGUGUGCAUGCUGAGCGAAUGGUUACCCGCCCCUUGGUGGAAACGUCUGCAGUGAUCGAGUCUUUGAUCAAGGUGUAAUGAGAAUGAGGGCGGCUUUGAUACCACCAUCUGCAGUGACACGAGACAAAAGGUUGGACAUCCGAUUGUUGGUCGUCUGCCAAGAGGUGCAUCCAAAGUUAGUGCUCGUUACAGCGCCGAUAUGUCAGGUGGCGGGCUGAGGCAGGUGUUUGAUCAUCGUCUGUCAGGGUGAAACGAUGGGUGAAAGGUAAUACUUUCGUCUUGAUGCAACCUCCGAAGCUCGCAGGCCUUUGUUCAACAGCAAACCGCGAAAGAUCCUAAGGUGUUGACAGAUAUAUCUUUUUAGUGUAGCCUAUGUUUUGUGCAU